GAAGAAGUACGACGUCAUCGGUGACGAUGUCCAACAUGGACGCGCAAACAAAUAGCUUUGGCUCAGCGCGAGCGGAGAGAAAAGAGCGAGAAAAGCAGAAGAUCAUCCAGCGAGAGAAGCAGAGACACACUGUCAAGACGAUCUCUCAGAUCCUGCAGAAGAGUGCUGGAGAGCAGACGCAGGAGGAGCGAAGGCUUCUACAGGAUCACCAGGACACAGUUCAGGAGCUAAAACGCAGACAGAGCCGGAGACGCCUCCUACAGAGCAAACUAGAGGAGGUGUUUGACGAGGCGGAGAGCCUGCAGAGCAAGGUGAAGCAGCUGGCGGAGGCGCUCCAGCAGGCGCAGUAUGUGGUGGUGUACACCGGGGCAGGGAUCAGCACGGCCGCCUCGAUCCCGGACUACCGCGGGCCGAACGGCGUGUGGACUCAGCUGCAGCGGGGCCGCUCUGUCAGCACAUCAGACCUGAGUCGAGCUGAGCCCACGCUCACACACAUGUGCCUCUGGCUGCUACAUAAAGAGAAGAUGGUUCAGCACGUGGUCUCGCAGAACUGUGACGGUCUUCACCUGCGCAGUGGCUUGCCCAGACACGCUCUCUCUGAACUCCACGGGAACAUGUUCAUCGAGGUGUGCUCCUCCUGCCGCCCAGCGCGGGAACUGAUCCGCGUGUUUGACGUGACGGAGCGCACGGCUCUGCACAGGCAUGGCACGGGCCGCCGGUGUCCUCACUGCGGGGGGGAGCUGAGGGACACCAUCGUGCACUUCGGGGAGCGCGGGACCCUGGAGCAGCCGCUGAACUGGAGCGGGGCGGCUCAGGCGGCGCAGCGGGCCGACCUCAUCCUCUGCCUCGGUUCCAGUCUCAAGGUGCUGAAGAAGUACUCCUGCUUGUGGUGCAUGAACAGACCCGCCAACAAAAGACCAAAGCUGUACAUCGUGAAUCUUCAGUGGACGCCGAAAGACAACCUGGCCACUCUGAAGAUCCAUGGGAAGUGUGACGCAGUGAUGAGUCUCCUCAUGGAGGAGCUGGGUUUGGAAGUUCCCGUUUACGACAGAUCGCAAGACCCCAUCUUCAGCUUGGCUAAAGCACUGGGUCCACAGGAGCAGGACAGUCACACUCGAGAGGAGAUAGCGCCCCCUGCUGCUGUGGAGGAGGACUCUUGUGACGCGCAGGCUCAAGGCCAGGGCCCCGCGCUUCAGGGCGGAUGGUUCGGGAGAGGAUACUCCAAAGCCAGACGGAAGAAGAAGAUCUCUAUAGAUCCUAAAGCAUGAGACGCCGGACACUGGGAGCGUCACACUCGCUGCUUGACGAAAUGUUUCUGAUGGAUGUGUGAGGUUAUAGAGAACUGCUUUUCUGAAACCAUAUAGCUGUAUGCUUCUGAAAAUAACAGGCUGGUUUACAUGAUGCACUUUACUUCCAAUCUCAGGUUUCUAGAAUAAUCAAUCUAUGAUUCUCAUGACGGCAGUUUUAUCAGAUAACUCUUUUUGGUGCUGUUUUUUUUUUAUUUAUUUUUGGUUACUCACCCAUCCCACUCUGUGGAGCAAUUUUACAUUUUGAGCUAUAAAUAAAAUCACUGUAAAAGUCCAUUCAAAGUCUUCUGAAGUUGUACAGUUGACAGGAAGAAUAAAAUUGCUGUUAUAAAGAACAGUGUGAACUAUAUGUUCCCAGGAAGACGUUAAAAACGUGGAUGAGUAAAAUUAUUUUUAUUUUGGGUGAGCUUUAUACAAUAUAGUUGUUUACAGAAAGUCAGUGUUA